CAAUGGUUCAGGUAAUGGUUCAGACAAUGGUUCAGGUAAUGGAUCUAACUCUGGCAAUGGAUCUGGUAAUGGAUCUGGUAAUGGAUCUAACUCUGGCAAUGGAUCUGGUAAUGGAUCAGGCAAUGCAUCUAACUCAGGCAAUGGAUCAGGUAAUGGUUCAGACAAUGGAUCAGGUAAUGGAUCUAACUCAGGCAAUGGAUCAGGUAAUGGUUCAGACAAUGGAUCUAACUCUGGCAAUGGAUCAGGUAAUGGUUCAGGUAAUGGUUCAGACAAUGGAUCUAACUCUGGCAAUGGAUCUGGUAAUGGAUCAGGCAAUGCAUCUAACUCUGGCAAUGGAUCUGGUAAUGGAUCAGGCAAUGCAUCUAACUCUGGCAAUGGCUCUGGUAAUGCAUCUAACUCUGGCAAUGGUUCAGGUAAUGGUUCAGACAAUGAAUCAGGUAAUGGUUCUAACUCUGGUAAUGGUUCAGACAAUGGUUCAGGCAAUGGAUCAGCCGAGAGGCUUUCUUCAGACUCUAAAUCAGGAGCCAACUCAAAUGAUGGAUCGAAUACUGGAGAUAAUACUUCGCCUGACAGAACAAGUACGGGCUCAGAAGAUUCUAUUUGGGAAACCGGUGCUAGCACAGACAGCAACGAUGCUAGUUUGCGAGGCACUGGUGUCACCCAGUCAGUUGCGGCUGCUUAUACUAAAGUUGACAGUACUACAUUAGCGAUUUCAACUUCGAAGUCCCCAAAUCUGGCUUCUCAUACUGUGACCAGUUAUGAUGGUGUUGCAAACAGCCAAAUACCUACAAUUCUCGGUGUUCUUGCAUUAUUUUUCAGCUUGUUCUUUUAAUCUUAGUGUGAUAUGAUACCC